ACGCACCUGACGGCGAGGCGGCGACGACGUUGUAUCUCGAUGGAUCCGCAGGAACCGACGAAUCCGAAGCCGAGGUUGAAGCCCAAGCUCAACUUGAAUGUGUCUCAACUUCCCCCGCGGCGAUUUACGGCAACGAGCGGCAACAGAAGCAGUAGCAGCGCGCCUGCAUCGAAUGCCUCGUCGACCGCAAGCGUCCCAACUCCUGCACCUGCUGCUUCAUUUCAGACCCCCUUGCGGACGCAGUCUGCUGCCGAUGUCAGGUCUGCCGUGAUUCGCAGCUCGCACUUCAAGAACCCACCUCCCGCUCCCAGCGACCAACGUGUCGCCUCCGUUUACAAUGUGUCCGACGCAUCGCCGUCGUCAGGGCAGUUCAACACGACACCACACCGUUCGAUUUCAUCGAAAUACGGGCUCGUGGAUCCGUUAACUCCGAGCAGUAGGUUGACACUGGAUACAGUUGUGGCGCAAGGACGAAGCCAAGAGACGUUCUAUCCGUCUUCAGAAGCACCACCGUCCACGUCGUUUCAGCCGGACGAGCCAUUGAGUCCGAAUUCCGCGCUGCUCAAUACGCUGGACGCCGUGAGUCAGCUCUCGAUCGGAUCGUCCAAGACAUCUUCGUACUUUGAGAACCCACCCGCACGGUCAUCGACGUUCACGCCGUCCGCGUCGUUGAACUUGAGCAGCUCGUCGAGCUCGUACAUGAAGCAGCGCACGACCACGUUCACGACGACCCAAGCCAGCAUCACGUCGUCGAAUCAACCGACACACGUGCUUCGACUGGGCACUGGCGAGAACGGCAACGGCGGCGACAUCCUGUACCUGUCGACGCGCAUCCGCAUUCGAGCGGGCAACAUCCACUGCCUCCGAUGUCGGACCGACGCGAGCAGUUCCAAGCUCAUCUCGACGGUGGAUGCCAAUGGCACCGGGUUCGACCCAGACGAGAUCUUUGUUCUUGUGAACGUGACGCUGCGCAGCGACGAAGGCCGCGUCAAGUACUCGGACACGGUGGCCAUCUACUGCAUCUCGGGCGCGUCCAAGGGCCGGUUCCUGUCGGUGGACGGGUCGCGCACGGUCACGACUAAGAAAGGCCCGAUCAUGUCCAACGCGGAAAAGUGGCGGCUCGGCGAACGCGACGACUUGAAGCACAGCGUCCACCACUUAGGUGAUUCGUCGGGUUUGGACGAGUCGUUGGCGACGCUGGCGCCGGCGGUGCGCAAUGCUCAGCGCACGCUGCAGUCGGGGGACCGCGUGUGCCUGAAAGCGUACUCGGGUCCGUACGUAUUGUGCGCCGAAAAGGGGCAUGUGGGGCUCCGAGAGGUCGGGCUCGAGCUAGGGAGUACGCUGGAGUGGGAAAUCACUAAGUCCAACAUCCCGUACAACCCGCCUUGGAACCGCGACCGCGUGUUCCUCACGGGGGCGUUCGUGCUGGAGCCUGCCCACGAAGACGUGGCUGAAAAACCCGUGAAGUCGCUGCAGCACCUGCCGUUGUCUUUGCAGGAACGGGCGCUGGUUGACGACAUUCUGUACAUUUUGCUGGGCAUCGAAGGCCAAUACAUCAAGAAACAAGAAAUCAAACGGCCAUCGACAUCGGCGCACUUUCACAUCCAGGUGCCCACGCGCGUGAGUCGGGACGUGUCGGCCGACAUGUACGACCUGCUGCACUUUGUGAUCGAUCCGGCGCUCACGGACCCGUCGCUCGCGGCGCUAGCUCGAAAGAUCGUCGUGUUGGGCGAGUUUUACAUCCACGUGACGCACUACAUUGAAACAAACACGAGGUACGAGUACGGCCAAGUGUGCCAUGCAUUUUGCGCGGCGCUCAAGGUGCUGGUGCGGGAGUACACGGUUGUAGUCGCGCAGUUGGAGCAUUUGGCGCUGCAGCAGGGGGCGCUGAAUCUGUCCAAGAUCUGGUUUUACAUCCAGCCGAGCUUGCGCGCGAUGGAGUUUCUCAGCACGCUCGUGCGGUCAUGUCUGGGCCACCACGGCGGCGCCCUUCUCAGCGUCAUCGCCCAACUGCCCACGUCCGGCGAUGCCAAGGCCACGUCCGUGCUCAACUUUUUGCUUGAAAAAGCGUCUGUGCCGUACUUGAAAAUGCUGGAAAAGUGGAUCUACUAUGGAGACCUCCACGACCCGUACGAUGAGUUUAUGGUCGCGUCAGACGAUACGCUCGUCAAGGAGGAGCUGGGGGAAGACCCGUGGUCCAAGUACUGGGAACAGCGCUACACGCUGCGCGAGUCGCAUGUCCCGCUGUUCCUCAACCGGUUCUCGACCAAGAUCUUGACGUCGGGCAAGUACUUGAACGUGUUGCGAACGUGUGGCCGCCAUGUCAACUGUCCAUUUGCGGCCGUGAUCACCCACGCCGAAAGCGUGCGCAAGUACGACGAACUGAUUGACAACGCGCACGGGUUUGCCAGUCACGCGCUGGUGGAUAUGCUGCGCACGGAACAGGACCUGAUGAAACGACUGAGGUCGAUCAAACACUACUUUUUGAUGGACCAAGGCGACUUCUUCGUGGACUUUAUGGACUUGGCCGAAACGGAGCUCAAUCUGCGCGCCGACAAGCUGCUCGCGUCGCGCCUCGAGUCGCUACUCCACCUGUCCCUGCAGAGCUCGACCUGUAGCUCGGACCCGUACAAGGACGACUUGGUGUGCGUCUUGUCCCCGCACGACCUCAUCUCCCAAAUGGAGGCCAUCCACGAACGAUCGCAAAAAGUGGGCCGCGCGCCGCUGUCGUCGUCAAUUGCGUCGUCGUUGAAUGACCCUGGGUACAAAGCGAUCGAUGCAUUGACGCUAGACUACAAAGUAUCGUGGCCGCUGUCGCUCGUGAUCUCGUCGGGGGCGUUAAACAAGUACCAGAUGAUCUUUCGGCACUUGUUCUUUUGCAAACACGUGGAGCGGCGGCUGUGCGACGCGUGGCGCAACCACCAGUCCACGAAAGAGUUGGCGCUGCGAUCGGCGCUGAUGACGUCGUACUGCGUCCGCCAGCGCAUGCUGCACUUCCAGCAGAACUUUGUGUACUACAUGAUGUUCGAAGUGAUUUCCCCGCGAUGGCACGCGCUCGAGCACCAGCUCGGCACGGAGAUCUCGACCGUGGACGACAUCCUCAAUUGCCACCGCGACUUUCUUGACCAGUGCCUCAAGGAGUGCCUGCUCACGGACCCAGACCUCCUCCGCGUGCUCACCAAGCUCAUGACAGUGUGCCUCACGUUCGCGAACGGCAUCGAUCGGUUCACAAAGCCCUACCGGCUGGACGAAGAAGCGAUUCGCAACGAACGAGAGGCCGAGCGGGACCGCCGCGCCGACAAAAAAGCCCGCGACGAAGCUGACGCGAUGCUGAAUCCAUCCCAGAAGCUCAAGUCGCGCCGGACGUUGGCGGCCGCCGUCCCUCGACGGAGCUCGGGCGUCGACCUUCGCCGCGCCCGCCUCAAGGAGCUGUCGGACGACGUGCGGCAGGCACUGACGGGUGACAUGUCGCCGUUUGUGCGGAUGACGGCGGAACUCGAAGUCCAAUUCGACACGCUCUUGGCAGAGUUUAUGCAGCAACUGCUACACCGAUCCCAUUUGCAGUACAAUUCGCACUUGUCCAACUUGUGCACGCGGUUGGAUUACAAUGGGUUUUACACACAAUAGAGUACAAUAAUGGGGCCCGUUGUGGUCGUUGGAUAUGAGUAUUAUUAUCGCCA